AUGUUGGCAGCUUGGAAUCGCUUGCGUAUCUGGUGGUCUUCAAUGUGGACGCAAGUUUGCAGAUUUUGGUCGAGCGAGGGUCCUGCUGGAGAUUGUUUCUGGUUGUUGGAUUUUCUGUUGCUUCUCGCAGUCCUUCAAUUUUUUGAUUCGUCGCAAACAAAAAGUGAAACUGCAUUUCAAAUCGUGUUAGAUGUGAUUAAAGUCACCGUCGUAUGUUUGGUCGGCGUAAGAGUACUACUGAUAGUGUCUCUCGAAAAGCCGAUCACAUCCCUGCGAAAAUCCAUCACUAGUGAUCGAGUGAACUCCGGCGACAGGGCCUUCGAUGAACUGGAAUAUAGAAGAUUCAACAAAUCCGGCCGUGCAAUGUUGCUAAUUAUAUAUGGUCUAAUCAUCAUCGAUACCAUACUGCUUUCGAUCCCAAACCCGAUGAAGGAUAGCGUGCUUGAGCUGCCCCCUCAGCUCUGUCGGGUUGGAAAACAAAUGUCAGGUGUUUUCUAUUUUGCCUUCGUUGGCUUCAUAGCAUUGUCCAUGAUUCCCAGAAUGUUCUGUAGCCUGGCCUGUAGUGGAAUUUUGCUCAUGGGACUGCGGCUGAAACUCAAGAUGCUAACCCACCGUUACAAAACCAUAAUUGAAUAUCCUUUCCUGGACGCGGAUAGAUAUUAUAGUCGUGUAGACCGAGAAGUGCAGAAUGUCGUGGAUCAACAGCUCGAAUGCUGGAGUCAGCUACAGGUCUUGAAGGAUUGUGUUGGAAAGCAAUUUUUCAUGGUGCAUUACUUUGCUGUUUUUGCCAUUGGUGCCUUGCUGUUCGUUUGCCAAGAUAUGGGACUCAAUAUAUUGUCCGUAGCUAUUGUAACAACCACAAUGGGAUUUUUGCUGGAAUAUUAUUUGUGGUGUGCCUUGGUGGACUCUCUGCAAGAUGAGGCUCAAACUAUUGGGUACUUGAUUUUCGAGCUUUGUGCCAAGAUUCCUUACAUCCACAAGUAUAGACAUCAGUACAAACGUUUACAAACGUCGCUAAUGAUCACCUGGAUCAACACUGGUAAUGGAUUGAAGAUGAAUUGCAUGGGACUUUUUGAAAUCUCGAAAGUGUCUUUUGUCUAUUUGCUUAACGUAGCGUACAAAGUUUUAAUGUUUCUGAUUAAUAUGAAUUAA